CCUGUACCACCUUCCAAACCUAUCCCUACGGACUUCCGAUCGUCUCUUUCAGCUUGGUGGUCUAACUCGUCAUACCGCGAAGCGAGAUAUGCAGAAGAAAGACUUCUUCGUCGUAUGGCCAUGUACCGACCUUCACCUAAUUUACCCGUUCAUAAGGGAUGGAAACAUAAAGAUGAUACAUUGGUGGAUUAUAUCAAUACUUUGGAAAUUUCCAAACCGGAGGAUGCCAACGCGAAAGAAGCGGUCGUGGUGUUACAUGGAUAUGCCGCCGCACUUGGAUUCUUCUUCCGUAAUUGGGAACCCAUAUCUCAAGCAGGUUCCGCAACUUCCCGUCGUACAUUCUUUCUCGAUUGGUUAGGAAUGGGACUUUCAUCACGACCUUCCCCUGAUCUUUUAUCUUCUCCAUCAACCGCCUCAGUACCUUCUCGUGUAGCAAGAGCAGAACAUUUCUUUCUUUCAUCUUUAGAAGAAUGGCGUCAAUCAAUGGGAUUAGAUCGUAUCAUUUUAGUCGGUCAUUCACUAGGAGGGUAUUUAGCUUCGGCAUAUACAGUCAGAUAUCCUGAACGUGUUCGUUCACUUAUUUUAGUUUCACCGGCUGGUAUACCCAGAGGACCUGAAUGGAAACAUUUCCCUACAUCUGGUCAAACUUCAGAAGCGGAUAUGACUGAUAUGGCACAACAUGGUGAACCACCAGUUGCGGAAGAAGAACAUGUUCCUGAACCAAAAGGAGAAGCUAGACAAUGGAAUCAGAAUCCUUCCAUGUUUGCCAGAGGGGCGAGAAGAUUUUUCAUUUGGGGUUGGGAUAAAGGUUUAUCACCUUUUUCUAUUUUACGUGCUUUAGGACCUUGGGCACCGAUGACCGUUGGGAGAUAUUCUAGUAGACGUUUUGUCGGACAAUCAGAAGAAGAUAUAAGAGAUUUACAUGCUUAUAUAUAUAACACUAGUAUUCUCAAAGGUUCAGGGGAAUAUUGCAUCUCUCAUAUUCUUGCUCCAGGUGCUCAUGCACGUAUUCCCAUAGUCGACAGGAUCAGUAAAGUCACUUGUCCCGUGACUUUCAUUUACGGGGAUAACGACUGGAUGGACGUAGAUGGAGGUCACGAAUCUGUCAAAGUUCUCAACAAAGCAGGAAACAAACAAGCCACCGUUCAUGUCGUACCCAAAGCCGGCCAUCAUGUCUACUUAGAUAAUUCAGAAGUGACCAACCGUAUCAUU